CCGACCCGGGAUCCAAGUGGGACUGGUUCUCGGGAGGCGGGGCGGGAGGCGGACACAAGCCCGAAGUGGUAGGUCUGCGGCCUCGCGUCUGUUGGAGGCGGCGAGCGUGCUGCGGUCCCGCCGGCGCCAUGUCGUUCUGCAGCUUCUUCGGGGGCGAGGUUUUCCAGAACCACUUUGAGCCGGGCAUCUACGUGUGUGCCCGGUGUGGCUAUGAGCUCUUCUCCAGCCGCUCAAAGUAUGCACACUCGUCCCCAUGGCCGGCCUUCACCGAGACCAUCCACGCUGACAGUGUGGCCAAGUGUCCAGAGCACAAUCAGCCUGGAGCCUUAAAGGUGUCCUGUGGCAGGUGUGGCAGCGGGCUGGGCCAUGAGUUCCUGAACGAUGGCCCCAAGCGGGGCCAGUCCCGCUUCUGAAUAUUCAGCAGCUCACUGAAGUUCAUCCCUAAAGGCAAAGAAACUUCUGCCUCCAAGGGACAGUAGGCGGGCAGCCCACACCCAUCCCAGAUGAACACCGCCUCGUGGCCAUCCCACCUGAAAAGUGGAACCCCAGACAUUUGGACUAGGGAAUGGGGAUGGGGGUAGCUGAAACAUCAGGACGGCUCCCGAGGCCUUGAUUCUGAGUAGGCUCUCCUUGGGAAGAGAAGGCCCACCCUCAGCUGCGGGGAGGGCCUGGCGGCCCCGUCGUCGCUCUUACAGGAGUCUCAGGGAGUGGGCUCUAGGCCUGGCUCAUCUCUGAGUGAUGAUGCAGCCCCCACCUUCUCCUCAGCCCGCUGCCCCCUCCCUGCCUGUCUGGACUCACCCCCAUGGCGCUCAGUUCUGAGAUGGGCUCUGGCCCUGACCGGAGCUCUUGCCUGUCUCCCACUGGCUGUGCUAGGAGAUAGAAGACAAACAGGGUGGCCCCAGCCGGCUGCUCCAGCCCUGGUCAUUCUAUGAUUCUCUCUGGCUAAACCCUUCCGGGAAGCCAGAGUGGUGAUGAUCCGUGACCUGCUGGGGGAGCAGGCAAAGGGGACAGAUCUUUGGCCUCUCAGUUACGAAAGAAGAAAUCCUGAACCCUGUUGCACCAUCUGCGCGGAUGCUGCUUGCCUCACUUAGGCUUGGGAAAGCAGCUAUUGCUCCAUCACCUUGACUGUGCAAGGCUGGGGAUCCUGGAGCUCACAGCUUACGGUUCACCCCUUCCUGGAACACAGCGACCGUGCCUCACUGCACGUGCUCUGAGGGUCCUGCCAUCGGGGAAGAUGGGUGAAGCCCCUUCCGUCUUGAAUCCUCUCUGGAAUAGUCAGGAGGAGAU